AUGUCAUUAAGCAACAACAUUGUCCCAAAAUUUUGGCUAAAGAAGAUAGGCGGCGAAGCAGACCGUGCACAAGAAUGCGUCACAACGACUCCCCAAUCACCGCCACAAGAAGCAACGGCAACAACAACAGCAUCUGGUGCAACGCCUAGUUGA